CACACCCCCAUGUACUUCUUCCUGGCCAACCUGUCCUUUGCUGACAUCUGUUUCACCUCCACCACCGUCCCCAAGAUGCUGUGGAACAUCCAGACUCAGAGCAAGGUCGUAACCUAUGAAGGCUGCCUCAGCCAGAUAUUUUUUUUUGUUGUGUUUGGAUGCCUGGACAAUUUACUCCUGAGUGUGAUGGCUUAUGACCGCUUUGUGGCCAUCUGUCACCCCCUGCACUACACGGUCAUCAUGAACCUCCGGCUCUGUGAACUGCUGGUUCUGGUGUCCUGGAUCAUCAGUGUUCUGAAUUCCUCAUUACAGAGCUCAGUGCUGUUGCGGCUGUCCUUCUGUACAGAGGUGGAAAUUCCCCAUUUUUUCUGUGAACUCAAUCAGAUCAUCCAACUUGCCUGUUCUGACCCCUUUCUUAAUGACAUGUUGAUGUAUUUUCUAAUUGUGCUUCUGGGUGGUGGUCCCCUAGCUGGGAUCCUUUACUCUUACUCUAAGAUUGUUUCCUCCAUACUUAGGAUCUCAUCAGCUCAGGGCAAGUAUAAAGCAUUUUCCACCUGUGCAUCUCACCUCUCAGUUGUCUCCUUAUUUUAUUGCACANCACCUGUCCUAGGAGUGUACCUUAGCUCUGCUGCUACCCAGAGCUCCCACACAAGUGCAGAGGCCUCGGUGAUGUACACGGUGGUCACGCCCAUGCUGAACCCCUUCAUCUACAGCCUGAGGAACAGAAACAUAAAGAGGGCUCUGAAAAGAAUCACUGGGGUUCCAGUGAU